UAUCUCAGCCUGAAGAGCUCCGAGACCAGAAUCCAGACUCAGUCCAGGACAACACGGUCCACCAUGCCGUUUGAAAAGAAAACAACGAACAGCGCAUAUUUAUUUCCUGCUUAAUAUCUCGUUCCACACACAGUUGGUGGCGGUAACGCACCGUUAAACUGGUUUGCCAACCGCCAUUAAAUCCCAAAGAAGAAGAAGAGCGAACAGCGCAUGCGCAGUGUCAGGUCAUGCACGGGGACACAAGAUGGCGGCAGCAUCGUCGACGAGCUCCGGACAGAAAGUUUCUACUAACUGCGACCCGACCAGCCAGGAAGUCAACACCCGGAAGCCGAGAGAAAGAGAUGGACUCAAAUGUCACCGCUGUCAGUACUGUGAAAAAUCCUUCCCAACAUCUGGAAGUUUUAAGAUUCACCAGAGAGUUCACACUAGAGAGAAACCGUACAGCUGUGACCAAUGUGGGAAAAUGUUCACUCAGUCAGGUAGCUUAAAGGUGCACCAACGUAUUCACACUGAAGAGAAGCCGUACAGCUGUGACCAAUGUGGGAAAAUGUUUACUCAGUCAGGUAGCCUAAAGGUGCACCAACGUAUUCACAAUGAAGAGAAGCCGUACAGCUGUGACCAAUGUGGGAAAACGUUCACUACAUCCGGUGAACUAAAAAAACACCGACAUGUUCACACUAAAGAAAAACCAUUCAGCUGUGACCAGUGUGGGAAAACGUUCACUCAGCUAGGUAGCCUCGGAAGGCACCAACGUAUUCACACUGGAGAGAAACCAUACAGCUGUGACCAAUGUGGGAAAGCGUUCACUACAUCCGGUGAACUAAAACAACAUCUACUUGUUCACACUGGAGAGAAACCGUACAGUUGUGACCAGUGUGCGACAGCUUGUUCUACAUUAUACCGCCUAAAAAUGCACCUACUUAUUCACAGUGGAGAGAAACCGUACAGCUGUGACCAAUGUGGGAGAGCUUGUACUACAUUAUACGGCCUAAAGAUGCACCAACGUGUUCACACUGGAGAGAAACCAUACUGGUGUGAGCAGUGUGGGAAAACUUUCACUUCAUCAUGUGAUUUGCAAAGACACAGACGUGUUCACACAGGCGAGAGACCAUAUAGCUGUGGUCAGUGUGGGAAAUCUUUUGCAAGAUCAAGUGUAUUAAGAACCCAUCUACGUGUUCACACUGGAGAGAAACCAUACAGCUGUGACAAGUGUGGGAAAGCUUUCACUCAGUUAUGUGACCUAAAAAACCACAGACGUAGCCACACUGGAGAGAAACCAUACUGGUGUGAACUGUGUGGGAAAACUUUCAUUUCAUCAGCUAAACUAAAAAGUCACUGUCGUGUUCACACUGGAGAGAAAGCAUACAGGUGUGAACGCUGUGGGAAAACAUUUACUCACAGUAAACACCUAAAAGUCCACCAACGCAGGCACACUGCAACCUCUCGGUGUGCAGCCGUCUCUGAGAGCGUCUCCCUCUUAUUUUCUCGUAGCAGUCAGCUUUGGCAGCGGCUGCAGCUACAGCAGCCCCAGCAACCCCUCAACAGCAACUGUUCCCUAAAACAACGAGCAGCGCAUGCGCACUGUCAGCUCAGCGCACGGAGAGACAAGAUGGCGGCAGUAACGUCGACGAGCUCCGGACAGAAAGUUUCUGCUAACUGCGAGCCGGACCCGGACCCGGACCCGGACCCGACCAGCCGGGAAGUCAGCACCCGGGAACGGAGAGGAAGAGAUGGACUCAAACGUCACUGCUGUCAGCACUGUGAAAAAUCCUUCACAACAUCGAAGAAUUUAAAAAUGCAUCAGCGUGUUCACACUAGAGAGAAACCAUACAGUUGUGAACAGUGUGGAAAAGCUUUCACUACAUCAAAUGAACUUAAAAUUCACCAACGUGUUCACACAGGAGAGAGACUGCAUAGCUGUGGCCAGUGUGGGAAAGCUUUCGCUCUAUCAGGUGACCUACAAAAGCACCGUCGCAUCCACACUGGAGAGAAACCAUACUGGUGUGAACAGUGUGGGAAAACUUUCAUUUCAUCAACUAAACUACAAAGUCACUGUCGUGUUCACACUGGGGAGAAACCAUACAGCUGUGGCCAAUGUGGGAAAGCGUUCACUCAGUCUAGUAGUCUAAAAUGUCACCAACGUAUUCACACUGGAGAGACACCAUACAGUUGUGACCAAUGUGAGAAAGCUUUCACUUCAUCAGGUAGUCUAAAAUACCACCAACGUGUUCACACAGGAGAGAGACCGCAUAGCUGUGGCCAGUGUGGGAAAACUUUCGCUAGAUCAAGUGGGUUAAAAACCCAUCUACUUGUUCACACUAGAGAGAGACCAUACAGCUGUAACCAGUGUGGGAAAGCUUUUCCCCAUUUGGGUACUCUAAAAAAACACCAACGUGUUCACACUGGAGUGAAACCAUACUGGUGUGAACAGUGUGGGAAAACUUUCACUGGAUCGAGUGCACUAAAAAUGCAUCAGCGUGUUCACACUAGAGAGAAAUCGUACAGUUGUGACCAGUGUGGAAAAGCUUUCACUACAUCAUAUGAACUUAAAAUUCACCGUCGUGUUCACACUGGAGAGAAACCAUACUGGUGUGAACAGUGUGGGAAAACUUUCACUGGAUCGAGUGCACUAAAAAUGCAUCAGCGUGUUCACACUAGAGAGAAAUCGUACAGCUGUGACCUGUGUGGGAAAGCAUUCGCUCUAUCGGGUGACCUACAAAAGCACCGUCGUAUCCACACUGGAGAGAAACCAUACUGGUGUGAACAGUGUGGGAAAACUUUCAUUUCAUCAGCUAAACUACAAAGUCACUGUCGUGUUCACACUGGGGAGAAACCGUACAGCUGUGGCCAAUGUGGGAAAGCUUUCACUCAGUCAGGUAGUCUAAAAUGCCACCAACGUAUUCACACUGGAGAGACACCGUACAGCUGUGACCAAUGUGAGAAAGCUUUCACUACAUCAGGUAGUCUAAAAUACCACCAACGUAUUCACACUGGAGAGAAACCGUACAGCUGUGACCAAUGUGAGAAAGCUUUCACUACAUCAAGUAGUCUAAAAUACCACCAACAUGUUCACACUGGAGGGAAACCACACAGCUGUGACCAGUGUGGGAAAGGUUUCAUUAUAUCAGGUGAACUAAACAUUCACCGUCGUGUUCACACUGGAGAGAGACCAUACUGGUGUGAACAGUGUGGAAAAACAUUUAUUCACAGUAAAUCCCUUAAUUUCCAUCAACGCAGUCACACUGCAUUGUUAUGAAUAGUUUUCAAAGCCAAGCUAGCUGGUUCCUCCUGCCUCCUCCUAAUGCCCUGAUAGCUGUGGUGUGUUAUAUUCUGAGCUUUUCUACAAACUGAGAGAUAGACAAUAGUGACUUUAAAUUCUGAGCAGCAUGUAUGUUACUGUGGUUACAACUACAUACUGGCCUUCUGUAAUCUAACACUAUGUAGCCACGAGGUCACACCACCCAGAAGUGGUCCAGAGUCGGGCUGUUUUUUUUCUACUGAUACUGUCUGUUUCAAUGAUUUUCACUUCACUUCAAAUUAACUUUUACUAUGAUUUCAUAAACUAUUGUCAAAGAAUAAUAUUUUUAUUCACCUAGUAGUCUAGCUGUAAAUCCACUUAUCUACUUUCAUACCUGUUUAAAAAGUACUCCUAACUAAAGGUUUAGUCGCUAUUCCUCUAGAACUGCAAGGAAGAUUAGUAGUGUUGAAUUUAUGCUUCUGAUAGUUCAGUAGUUAAGAGGCUUAUGUUGGUGCAUCAUUUUAAUACUCACGUUCUGUAGGUGUAGGAGGUGAUGUUUGUAGCUCGCUAGAGUUUUUCACCUGUGUGUAGAAAGAAUGAAUGCUCAAGUUCAUCAUGCACCACAUAGUUUAGAUACACUUACCUGUGAUGAUUAACAUCCUCAUGUUUUCUGUGUGACAUUCUGAGCAUUGAGUCAGUGAUGGAAAAUAAGUGUCUGCUGCUCCGUUAUGUUUCUUCUAAGUUUAACCAGACAAUUGUAUGUACCCAGUGUGAUGAGAGAGAUUUCUAAUAUUGUUCCCAUGCUCAUGCUGUAACUGACUGAAGGAAGAGUGAAGUUAGUUACUGUGAUUCUUUGCUUGUAUUAAAGUAGUUCUGUUUCUGCUGUUGAUGUCAAGAUGCCAGUGCCUACUGAUGAUUUGUUAUUCCAGACUGAUGACUAAAUGUUGAACUGUAACAAUAGAUACUGCUGGAACCUAUCAAAUAAUCUUUGUAAUAGUGUUGCCAGAACUUCACAUAAAAAAAUACUGUUACAUUGUGUAACACAUUAC